AGCGGGGCAGAAGCCGGAGGACGAGGGCGGGAAGGUCCCGUUCCUCCCGGGCUGCGCUGGGAGGCCAGCCGGCCCCCAUCCCCGCCGUGCGGGGGCGCUUUCAGGCAGGGGACCGCGGUCCCGACUUCCCCGCAGACUCCGGACCCACCGAGCCGAGCCCAGCAGCCGCCAGCUCUCCAAGCGCCCGCUUACUUCCGCCUUGGAAGAUCACUUCCGGGUCUGGCCGCUCAGGUCUCGCCCUCCGUGCUGUGCUGGCCGUGGGGAAGGCAGCGGGAGCCCUGCCUUCCCGCCGAGGGACGUCGCGCCGACCCGAGCGCGCCGCAGACCUGCCGUGGCGCCGGCGUCUUUGCGCUCUGGGAGCCAGCGGCGGCCGUUCGGGUGUGCGCGAGCUGCGGGCCGGCCGGCCGGGGAUGGAGGCAAAGCUUGUCUCGCAGCGUGACUUGCUGAGGACCGCCGGCGCCGUGCCCAGCGCCUGGCGGUGGCUCUGGACGGCGCUGAGGGACGGCGGGAGGGCAGGCUCGCAGGCGAGCGCGCAGGUGCGGCUUGGGGACGGCAUGGGCCCGGGCGGGGCGCAGGAAGGGAGCGUGAUUCGGGCGCCUGCGAAGCCGGUGUCGCCGGUGCCUCCCGUGCAGCCUGGCCCCCGCCGUCUGCCGCGCUGCGCCGCCGGUCGUCGGCGGAGGCCGAGAGAGCUGCUCCACGCCGGGGCCGCCGGCGUCCUGCGCGGCGAGUCCCUGAGCUCGGGCCUGGGCUACUUCUCCGGCUCCCGUGCGCUCCCUCCGCGCCGCCCCUCGCCGGGCCCGAGCCGGACGUGCGCGCGGGUGGGAGCGUCUUGCCUUCUGGGCCCCGCCGUCUGGGCUGCGGCUGUGGCAGCGGCAGGACACGGCGGCAGACGAUCCCUGCGCGAUCUGGGGGGCCCCAAGGAGGCCGCGGGCCGACCGCGGACCUGCACCGUGGGGGCGGGCCUUGUCGGGACAGAAUCUCUCGGUACACUGCCCGCAUCCGCGCCCAGAAAGGCACUUCUGGGAUCUUUCCACGGGACCCGUUGAACUCCGAGCGCGGAAGCCGUGCGCCGCGGCGUGCUGGCUGGCCUGCGCGGGCUCCCGGUCAGCCCUCAGCUUCUGGGCCGGCUCCCGCGUGCGCCACGCCCGCUGCCCGCCACUAGGUGGAGCCGCAGGCGCGCGUCAGCGCCCCGUGUCCGGCUCAGGGCCCUUUCGCUCCAACGCUCGGAAUCCCUGUCCUGUGCGGCGCGGCCGC